UGUCACUGAAACAGCACGACUGUUGACAGAGAUCCUGUGAGGUCAGGGCCAAAGCCGACAACCAAAGCUGCUUUGUAGCAAGGAUUCGUCGUCGUCUCCUGCUUUCCUGCUUCCUCUCAUUCUCUUGGAUAUUCUAGUCUGAUCUGCUUAUUGCAGGAAGAGACAAUCUUUUCGGCGGUCUUCUGAUCAAGCAACGUUACAUCUGUCUUCCCUUCAUCCACUACGGUAUUCUUCCUUUCCAAUAUUAUUUUUACAACCAUGGCUUCCAAAACGUAUGACAUCGUUCUGUUUGGAAUGACGGGCUUUACGGGAAAGCUGGCGGUGGAACAUUUGCUCAAGAAGCAGCACCCAGUCAAGUGGGCAGCCUGUGCAAGGAGUGAAGGCAAAGCCAAAGCCAUCUUGAAGGAAAUUGCGGAUUCCGUCUCCCAGCCACCACCGCCCCUUGUCAUUGCCGAUUUGAUUUGCAAUUCCGAGCAAGACGAGACCAAACUACGAGAUAUUAUCAAAUCUACCCGAGUCGUCUUGACGGCAGCUGGGCCCUUUGAAAAGUAUGCCAUGACAUUGCACAAAAUGUGCGCCGAAGAAGGAGUGCAUUAUGCGGAUAUUACGGGCGAGACGUCCUAUGUUCGCCAGAUUAUUGAGAAACACGAUGAUAUUGCUCGAAAGAACAAUGCAGCACUUGUCAGCCAUUGUGGAAAUGAUUGUAUUCCACACGAUUUGACUGUCUUUGAAAUGAAUGAAUAUGCCAAAAGCAAGGGAUGCACCUUGGUGGAAGUGACAACCUUGGAUGAAAUCGCAAGCUCUGCAUCCUUUUCUGGAGGGACCCUCACCACUGCCAUGUAUCAACUGAGCAAACCCAAGAACACAAAGUCAUCUCUGGACUACGACCCACUCGUCAAGACUGCGGAAGGAAAGAAGUCAGACUUUAAAACAAUCAUCACUCACAAGACAAAGCAGUACCACAAGGAGUUUGGCCGCAAGGCCGGUCCCUGGCUCAUGGCUCCGGUCAUGUCCAACUGUGUCCGACGAAGCAAUGCCCUUCUGGGCUACUGCCCCGAGCUCAAAUUUGGAGAUGCCAUGUUGGAUGAUCCCAGUUGGGCAAACUAUGUAUCGCUAACUCUUUACGGUGGAAUGCUCGGGGCGGCAUUGUACAUACCCCCUCUUCGAAGUCUCAUUCCCCAACCAGGACAAGGGCCUGACCGCGAGGCGAUGGACUCGGGCUGGUUGAAACUUUGGGGCCAAGGAUUCAUGGUGGACAACAAUGACAAAGAGAAACGCACUCCAGUCUACAGUCUCAUGCACUUCAAGAAAGAUACCGGUUAUCUCAUGACGGCCGAGAUGUUGGUUGAAACUGGGUGUUUGUUGGUGGAAAUGGACAAGGCAGGUACUUUGAAGGGUGGAGUUUUGACACCGGCUGUGGCUUUUGGAAGUGAGCUCACCAAGCGCCUCACAAAAGAACUGGAAGUUACAUUUGAUCUCAAAGAUGCUCCCAUGUACGAUAGCAAUUAAAUACGUUACAGCGGACCAAUGUGCUAUUUU